AUGCCUCCCCGGACUUGCGCUCUCUGCGACGAUGCUCGCGCGAUACUCAAGCGACCAAAGACUGGGCAACAAAUAUGCAAGGAGUGUUUCUUCUAUGUCUUUGAGACGGAGGUCCACAACACGAUUCAAGAGGCUCAGCUCUUCAAACGAGGAGACAGAGUAGCGAUCGGGGCCUCGGGCGGUAAAGAUUCUACUGUGCUGGCGCAUGUCAUGAAGGCUCUGAACGAGCGGUACGACUACGGCUUGGACCUCUUCCUUUUGUCGAUAGACGAAGGCAUAACCGGGUAUCGAGAUGACUCCCUGGAGACGGUGAAACGGAAUCAACAACAGUACGACAUGCCGCUCAAGAUUCUGUCAUAUGACGAGCUGUAUGGAUGGACCAUGGACGCGAUCGUCUCGCAAGUUGGGAAGAAGAAUAACUGCACAUUCUGCGGUGUUUUCCGAAGGCAGGCACUCGAUCGGGGAGCCGCCACCCUCAAUGUCGACCACAUUGUCACCGGUCACAACGCGGAUGAUAUCGCGGAGACGGUGCUGAUGAACAUCAUGAGAGGAGACAUUGCGCGUUUGGGUCGAUGUACUUCUAUCUGUACCCAGGGGGAAGAUACCAUCAAGAGAUCCAAGCCGUUCAAGUACGCGUACGAGAAGGAGAUCGUCAUGUAUGCCUAUUUCAAGAAGCUAGACUACUUCUCGACAGAGUGCAUCUACUCGCCCGAUGCUUACCGGGGGCACGCUCGAGUCUUCUUGAAGGACCUCGAGGCCGCUCGCCCGAGCGCCAUCAUUGAUAUCAUCCACUCCGGGGAAGCUUUCGAGGUCAAGGACGAUGUGAAAGCUACGCAAAAGAUCCAGCAAAUUUGUAAGCGCUGCGGAUACAUGUCAAGCAACGAACUUUGCAAGGCGUGCACUCUGCUCGAGGGCCUCGAGCGCGGGCUCGCUAAUGCUGCGAUCACCGAUCGCUCUAGAAAGAAACUCGACGCCGACGGUCCAGCUCCAGCAAAUCUGCGCCAAAUCCCUCUUUUCGAGCUUCCCGCAACUUUGCAGCGCAAUACAAAUGCUCCACUUGCAGUUCCGCCAUAG